AGGCUCCUCCUCCCCAACUUCAUCAUGCCUCCAUCGUCAGAACAGAAUUUCCGCAACAAUUUAUCCCAAUUUCGGUGGGCCCGAGGCGCCACCGAUGACUCUCAGCAGCAGCAGCCAGCCCCUCAAGCCGCAAAUCCAUUUUCUCGUUUCUACAACGCCGUCGCCGGAGACUACAUCCCACUGCGGUCCAGUGAGCAAUCCAACGAGGAGGAGGCAUGGUUUGCAUUGUCGAGAUGGGAGCGGUUGUUGGGUUUUGGCGUAUGCUUAAUUGGUGCUGCGGUCUGCUUCUUUGUCGCGUUCCUAACACUUCCAUUCCUUGCCAUUCGCCCAGCAAAAUUCGCCCUCGCCUUUAGCUUGGGUAGUCUGCUCGUCAUGUUCGGAUUUUCUGUUUUAGUAGGUCCUAUAAACCACAUAAAACACCUCGUGUCCAAGGAGCGACUACCAUUCUCUGCUGUUUACUUCGGGAGUCUUGGACUGACGUUAUACUUUUCACUUGGCGCUCAUUCAUGGCUUGGUUCUUUGGUGUCUGGGGUGGUCCAGGUGGUUGCUCUCGUCUCGUAUGUGCUAGCGUACUUCCCAGGAGGGACACAGACGCUGCGCAUGGGUGGCUCAUUGGCUCUACGGGGCGCUGGAAGUCUUUUACCCAGGUAGUCGUGUACGUUCUGAUCAAAUUGCAUGUAUGAAGCAGGCUUGCUCAUCUAAUUUAUGAUAUCCAUAUUAUGCCCGCGGAGGAGCCUUAUCA